AGCAUCUUCACGAGUCCGCAGCAAACUCGAUUUCCAGGCGCGGAUUUGGCAGCCAACUGCACUGGCCACCAUCAAGGACGGUACUGCUGUUCGUUAUGGCUGCUUUUGUCUCUUUCAGAGAAAGCGUUUUUAGUCUAGAAGGAGAUGAGCUGCACGCUAAGGCAGCAAGAAUCCCGUUUUGUCCAGCAAUAGCACACCACCAGUUGACUUCGUGAUUGCCAGGCACUUACCACGGCAACUUACUAAUACCACCACUUUAUGCAGCUAAUGCAUGUUUUAUACGCUCAGGCGUGGACUAGAUCAAGCACCACCUCUGAGAGUCUGUUUUCAUCAUGCCACGCGAUCUGUACGACGCGCUGGAGGUGGCGCGGGAUGCCAGCCCCGACGAGCUGCGGGUGGCAUACCGCCGGCUGGCGCUCGUCUGGCAUCCGGACAAGAACGCCGGACGGCAGGAGGAGGCCACUGUCCGCUUCAAAGAGAUUCAAAAUGCAUACGAGGUGCUUAGCGACAAGAACGAACGCGCCUGGUAUGAUGCACACAGGGAAGAGAUCCUGAGGGGGGGCAGCACUCACUAUGCGGGGGCAGAGACGGGCGCCCCACAAGCGGAGGAGGGCAUCAACCUCUGGGCGUACUUCAGCACUUCGGCAUUUUCGGGUUAUGGGGACACCGGCCAGGGGUUUUACAGCGUCUACGGCAAGGUAUUUGACGAGAUUGCAAAGAACGAAAUGCAGGCCGCCCGGCGAACCGGCCUCGAUUUUAGCCCCCUCCCGUCCUUGGGCACCUUCUCGAGCCCCUACUCGGCGGUCUCGUCGUUCUACUCCCACUGGCUCAACUUCACGACCGUCAAGGAGUUCCUAUGGGCUGCCGAGUACAACCUGGCCGCGGCGCCGAACCGGCAGGUGCGGCGGCUGAUGGAGACAGAGAACGCGAAGAAGGUGCGCGCGAUGCGCAAGAAGUUCAACGAGGAGGUGCGCGCGCUCGCGGCGUGGUGCAAGAAGCGCGACAAGCGCGUCAUGGAGCGGACGCUCGAGCAAAAAAAACUGCAGGCGCUGCGAGAGCAAGAGGAGGCUCGCGCUCAUCGUGAGAAGCUGGCCCGUAAGAAAGCGGAGGCGGCGGCGAUGUAUGUGGAGCAGGACUGGGCGGUCAACGAGGGGGCGGAGAAGCUGACGGACGAGGGCUGGUGGGGGGACGCUUCAAAAGACAAGAAGGAGGGAGGGGAGGAGGAAUUUUACUGUGUAGCGUGCGGAAAGAGCUUCAAGUCAGAGAAGCAGUGGAAGAACCACGAGAAGUCCCGGAAGCACCUCGAGCGGGCGGCCAUUCUCAAGGAAGCGCUACUGCAAGAAGAAGAGGACGCUAGCGCAGCCUCAGACGACGAAAUCCACGACGACUUCGACACCGCGUCGGAGGGCGCUGACGUCAGCAGCGCGCAGGAUGACAUCAGCAAGGGACGGGGUCCGGUCACGGACGAGGAGAUCCUGGCGGAGUUGGAUGCGCAAGAAGCGGAGAGGAGUAGGAGGAGUGAACUAGAAACGGGGGAGGAGGAAGCGCGGCCGCCUACCGAAGAUAGCGAAGCAGAGGGGAGCGUUGGAGAUGAUGAAAAUGGUAGGAGCGACGGGGCAGAAGAAAGUGGUUCCGAGGCUGAGUCCGAGGACGGGUUAGGCGAUCUGAUGCGAAUGCAGCAGCAGCGGGGUUCGAAAGGAGCAGAGGCAGCAAGCCAGGGGUCGGACGAUGGGACGGUUUCUGAAGAUGCGAGCCAGGAAUCUGAAAGCGAAGCUGAAGAGGACGGCGCAGAGAGCGGGGCGGAAGACGACGAUGGGCUAGGGGACUUGCUGCGAUUGCAUAAGGCGCAGAACGGGGCGGUUCCUCGGACAAAGAGGGGCAAACGAAAUACUUCUGAAGCCGGGAAAUCGGAUGAAAAUGUUGCGGAAGAAAGGGAGACAGAAGCAAACGAUGUGGAGAAGGUUGACGAAGAGCCGGGUGCCACAGACGUGGCUCCGACAGGCGAGGAAAGCGAGGGGAAAGCUAAUGAGGUCAGCGCAGAAAGAGAUGCAACCAACGAAACGGCCGAAGUUUCGAAAGAAGAGAAUGACGAAACAGAGGCGCCGCAACGGGACACGGCGAAGGCGAAAAAGGCACGGCGGGCGGCGAACCGAGCCAAGAAGGAAGGCGCGCAGGCCGCCGAGCUUGCGCCGGAUGUGACGUCAGCGAGGGGCAGGAAAGGGAAGAAGGGGAAAGGCUCGAAGGCAGCCACUGCCGGUUCCCAGAUGGAGUGCGUAACAUGCGGGGAAGAGUUCGACAGCAGAACGCAGCUCUUCAAGCAUCUCACAGCCACAGGACACGCCAUACCCAAAAGGUGACAAUCUGGGUUACAUGACCGGGACUUCUGGGCAAAGUUCUCAAACGGGGUUUGCAUGGCUUUAUGGCGUUCAGCCUGUCGUGGAGAAUUUAUCGAGCGAGCAAUUGGAAGGACAGGUCAGGAGAGUAGGUGUGGUCUGCCGACCAGGGCGGUAGCAUGUCCUUGAUCGAGAAUGAGCCGUCCUCUUAUUGUCAGCGGUCGGUCAACUGUAAGUGCGCUCUUGCUAUGUUUUGUAUAGAGUGCGUGCAUUGGCGGCUUGACUUCACCUGGAGAAUUUCAAUGUACAUACGUCAUGC